GAUCCUUACCAGCCAAGUAAGAAGGCUUGGCUGCAAAGUAUAAAAAUGGCGGCAGAGUUGAACUCAAGAAAGUCUUGACAAUCUUGGGCAAGUUUACGCUCUUUACGCUGUGUUAUUGGGUUAAAGAUACGGAAAAUAUUAUCUUCUAAUCUACAUUUCAGGCUUUUUUCUUGCCACCCACAAGUUGUUUUAAAGCAAGGCCCACWACAAUGCCUGGGUUGCCACACAUCCACUCAACAAUAAGCACCUUCUCCAUCAAUUGCCAGGAAAUAAUCCACUCGGUUGAAUUCAGCCCUUAUGAGAACUCAUCAGAACUGAUUGCAUAUGGAGGUAGCAAUAAAGUAUCURUAGGGGUGAGUCGGUUUGGUGAUGAUGCCGAUGAUGACACAGGAUUUCAGUUUAAACAUGUGGCUGAUUUUCACCAUGGUACCAGGGUACAGGGUAUCGCCUGGUCGCCUCAGACCUCUUUAUCGAAUAUUCAAGCUUCUGUUCAAUUUUGUACUAUUGGAGGUGACAAGAAACUAAGACAUUUUGCAACAUUUGGAUCUGAAAACACGUCAGUUAAGAUCCUUGGUGGGCAUACUGGAUACGUCAAUGCCUGUGUCUUUGAACCAAUCACAGGAGAGCAAGCUGCAAGUGUCAGCGAUGACAAAACAUGUCGUCUCUGGGAUCUUAAAACAGGAGUACAGAAGACUUGUAUYCCUCUUGGAUCUGCUGGGAUGGCAGUCCGAUGGAAUCCUCAUGAACCAAACAAGCUUAUGGUUGCAGAAAAGAAUGGUAUUAUUCGAUUCUACGAUCUUGUCAGUCAGCAGCCAAUCAUGUCUCUAAGUGUUGGUCGUGUCCCUCUGAUCGAUGCUGAUUGGUGUCCUACUGAUCCUCUUAAAGUUGGUGCGGUUGCUCUCGACGACUGGUAYAUCUGGGAUAUGUCCAAGUCAAGUUUACCAGAGGUUAGUCGGCAGGCACAUCCAGAUGGAGUAUGCCAUUUCAGAUGGGCAAACAGUCAUAGAUCAUUGUUUGCAACCUCUGGUCGACCUGGUAAUCAAGUGAAGGUCUAUCAUAUUGGCCAUCAAAAGUUACCAGUAUCUUGCGAUAUCAAAGUAGGUGGAGGAUUAUCCUGGCAUUACAGUCUCCCAGUGUGUGCAUCAGGUGAUGAUAUGAAGGUCCAUAUGUGGGCAGUAGAAGUAUAAAGUAUAGUAAGAGUAGAUGUUAUGGAGGUGUUACUGUGGCUUUCAAUAUAUUUUGAUGGCUUGGCCUCUAAAUGGCCUGUCCUGAGUCAGAGAGCGCCAGAUCCUAACUGCUAGACCACAUAGAAAUUAAGCUACUGUCAGUAUAUACAAGAGAAUAUUAACUAAGUUACUUCAUAUUCUCUUGCUAUAUAGUAUCUGAAUGAAUGCAUAUACAGUCAAUUCGAAAAACGUUGUCGUCGACCAACUCAAGCCUAUGCAACUGGACCGAAAGGAACUCUGGGCAAUAAUCAUUGAAGCUGAGUUGACUCCAUACUUCUAUCUGACUAGUUAUGCCUGGUUUACAGCACGAACCUUCGUAGGCGAGCAGGAAGUGUUGAAGGAGAUGAUUUUUAAURCCUUCAUUUUUUYGAAAUUGUGAACUGAAUCAUAACUACUUUGUUUUUCUUUCCCUAAACCCAAAGACAUGCAUUUCAUGGAUUGUUUCUCACCAUUAUUAUUYAUACUACUAGCAGGAACAAUUCAUUCAGAACGAAUAUUUAACUGCUUCAGUGAUUUUUACCCCUAUUCCUUUUCGGUCCAGUCACGUUGGCUUGAGCCGGUUGACGACACAAUUUUUUUGAAUUGACUGUAUACUUAAUUGAAAGUAAUUUACAUCACACAACACUUUUUCUGCCUAGUGCACUUGUAACUAUCAAGUAACAGGGAACACUUCCUUGAAGGCCAUCUGUUCUUUUCCAUGAAUUCUACAUUUUCAGCCCAAACAGUUUCAAAGUCUUCUUCUCCUUCAAAGAAGCUGUAGUUUGUGGCCACAAAGUGUAGGCACCAUUUGUGGAGAAAUUCUGCAUUGUAGGUCUGUGAAGAAAUAUAAUAAUGAUCAUGAAAUUCUGGAAACCUAUGUAAAGGGAUUAACAAACUAUCAAGGCUAGAAGUACUAGUUCAAUGUUAUUCAAUAAUAUUGAAGUUUUUGCACAGCAUGGAAGAAGAGUUUAAAGUGAUAUAUCAAGAUUUUAAAGGCCUUCAAAACAAUUUUGAAAACUCUUUCAUCCAGUGUUUCUAAAGUCAAAGGUUUCAAAUGAURAACAUAGGACUAGCCUGUGUAGCAGAGGUGCUUCCUUGCUUUCCUCGCCCCUUCCUUCCUCCUCAAAUCCUCAAAAGCCCUGUUACACAGGCUAAUAUGGGACAUGAGACUCAUAUGACUGAACUAGGUAGUGUCUGUACUUACAAGGACUUAUUUUUGAGAGAAUAAGUGCAACCAAAACCAUUUUUUUACAACUUUAUUUAAUAAUAGCUAAAAGGUACAUGAUUGUAUACAUAAGAUAGUUUGAUUAGAAACCUGAGKUAUGUGUGGGAGUAAAGAGCUUUUAAUAUG